AUGCAAAAUCUAUCCAGAUUUUCUAUAGGCCAGCCAUUCAGCCAUUUUGGAGCUCAGCCAGCCCACCACCCUGUCAGCCAUUUUAGGCACUUGAACACUGAGCCUGCCAGAAGUGGCCAUGUCCUCCUCCAGCUCCUCAAGUGAGAUAGAAGUCAUGGAUGUAGUGGAGGGGGGCAUUGGCCACUCUGGCCAGGAGAUAGGAGAAGCAAGUGGGAGAAGCAAGCAGAAGCAGAGGCAGCCCAGGAUCUUAAAAAGAGCAGAUCCUGGGAGGAAGAAUAAAUAUGCAGAUAGCUUUCGUGCAGAGGAGAAUACAGUACUGGUAAACAAACUUUGCCAGUACUACCAAUGUAUAUUUGGGGGAGCAGCCAAAAAGAGUUCCAGAGCACAGAAGGAAAAUCGGUGGAGGAAGAUUGUGGCAGCGGUGAAUGCUGUUGGAGGGAACAACCGCACCGAGGACGUGGUGAAGAAACGGUAAGUGCACUUAUAUUCCUAAAAAAUAAUUUUCUUUAUGCCAUGUUUUAUUAAAACUUUUUUUUUUCCUCCAUGUGCUUUUGCUACACACACCCACUAGUGGCAGCUAUGCUUUUAAAGUCUUUUAAAAGUGAGGGUUGGGUCACUUAAGCACAUAGAGGGAAAAAACACCAUGUGCUUUAAAGGAACACUAUAGUGAUAGGAAUACAUGUUUGCAUUCCUGUCACUAUAACUGUGAAAACACAGUUUAACCUCCCUCUCAGCAAUGUAACUGUAAUUAAAGGGACACUCCAGUGCCAGGAGAACAAACCGUCUCCCACCCCUCAUCCCAGGGGGAGACCAAUUGUGCAUGCGCUGCCGCCGGCGGGGUGAGACCUAAUGCGCAUGCGCUGCAAUGCUGCACAUGCACAUUAGACCUCCCCAUAGGAAAGCAUUGAAAAAUGCUUUCCUAUGGGGGUUUCAGCGACGCCACUAGAGGAGGAGUUAACCCUGCAAGGUAAAUAUUGCAGUUUAUGAAAACUGCAAUAUUUAUUUACAGUUGCAGGGUUAAGGGUAGUGGGAGUUGGCACCCAGAAGUGGUCUGGGUGCUUGGAGUGUCCCUUUAAUUACUCAUCCUUAUAGCAGAGCUGUGCUCUGCCUCCUUGGCUGCGAUCUUCAUAAUUGACAAGAUCAGCAAAUCCAAUGCUUGGUCUGGGUGCCUAUAGUAUCCCUUUAAACAUGUCAGUAAACAUAUAUAUAUAGAAACAUAUUAAAGUAAUUAAUCAAUUACACAUGUCAUCAUGUCAUUGCAGUUACUACGACAUCAGGCGGAUGGUGAAGAGGAAGGUGAAGGCAGCAGCCGCCUCCAGGAAGACAGGAGGCGGUUCACAAGAACCGGACCUGCUGCCCUAUGAAGAGGAGCUCCUGCAGUUCCUGGGAAGAGAAAACCUCCUUGGGAUUGAGGGGACACCUGGCACUGAAACAUCUGAAGGCACGAUGUUAAAGGACCACUAUAGUGCCAGGAAAACAAACUCGUUUUCCAGGCACUGUAGGGUAAUUAGGUCCCUCCCCACCCUCGUGGCCCCCUUCCCACUUCAGCCACUUACCUUUCUCCAACCCCUUCAGCCACUUACAUUUCUCCAGCGCAGGGCUCCCUCGGCGCUGGGGAACACUCCUCCCUCUGCCGACGUCAGCUCCGAAUGCGCAGCAAGAGCCGUGCACGCAUUCAAACCACCCAUAGGAAAGCAUUACUCAGUGCUUUCCUAUGGACGUCCAGCAUCUUCUCACCGUGAUUUUCACAGUGAGAAUCGCGGAAGCGCCUCUAGUGGCUGUCAGUGAGACAGCCACUAGAGGCUGGAUUAACCCUCAGUGAAACAGCAGUUUAUCUAGAACUGCUAUGUUUUCAGCUGCAGGCUUUAAACUAGAGGGACCUGGCACCUAGACCACUUCAUUGAGUGGUCCUUUAAAUUCAUAUUUGUUAGUCGAAAUGUACAUAUAUCAGUUUGCUUGUGUUAACCUUCCAAUGUGUGUUUUCUAUGCCAUCAGUGCAAGCCCCUCAAUCCCCAGAAGAGGCACCAGGAACUGCAGGAGAUGCUGUCUCCACGGAGAGCAGGGCAGCAGGUUCACCUCCUGUCUCCCUGGAAAUGCGCCUGGCUUCACUUUCCUCUCGUAAGUACUUGCAUAGCAUUGUUAGAUAAAUGUUAUGUGUGUGUGUGCGUGCGCAUUUAAACAUACACACACGUAUGUGAUUUUACUGUAUAUGAAGUUAAUUUAUCACAUACAUGUAUUUCAGGCCAUCCGCAACUUGUCGACGUUUCUUCACCACGUACGAGUGUGGUUUCCCUCCAACAGCCGGCCACUGGUGUCCAGGAACAGGGAUCCACUGCUGAGCGUAAGUAAAAAAUGCUUUAACUGUACACAUUUUCUUUGCAGGCAUACUAGUUUAUGUAACAGGCGGGGCCGGGUCGACCGCAAAGCAUACUAAGCAUCUGCCUAGCAUGUGCUGGCCAGGGGGCUAAAUGUCUGGGUGACCAGCAGGGGUGGGGGGGAGCUCACAUUGCUCCUCUCCUUCUGUUCACUUUAUGUACUGUGGCUGAGUGGACCACGUGUGAUCUUAUCUACCAUCUUCUUGGCCUGACAGGAAGCUGAGUGCAACGAUCAGCUUCCUGUCAUGCAGAAAAAACAGGAGAUUCUCUACCUGGGGACGCUCGUCCACGAUACAUGUAGUGAGAUUAGAAGGAAAGGGAGGUGGGCACAAAGACAUGCAAACAGACAGAGAAAGGGCUAGGGGCGACAAAGAUGCAUAACUAUACUUAGACAUAAUAAUAAAUUAAUAGCAUGACUGCAUAUAUCUUAUUUCCAAGUUUAAAUAAUAUUGUUUUACAGAUAAUAGUAAGCAUUGCAACAUAUGACACAUGCUAACAAUGUUCUUUCUCUGUUCUCCCCUAUAGGUUCUGAUGGUACUCUCCCCCUGCAAGAGGAGGGUACCAUUACCCUAACAGCAGUGGAUCCUGAGUCAGAGACAUCAGUGGCCGAAGAAAUGCCACAACUUCCUCCACCAUUAGCUGCGCU